AUGGAUUCUUCCUACUUGAGGGGUUUAAGAAUCGCUCUUAGAGAAUCUAGAUUGUCAAAGAAAAAGGCAUCACCCAAGAAGGAGAAAUUAAAGAUAAAAAAGAAGGUUGAGGUCGCUCUGACGGAUGUUAGAAGGCGGAAGGCGAACGAGGAUAUAUUGACUUCGCAAAUCCGGGCUUCUAUGUUCCGAUUUCUUAAUGAAAAACUGUACAAAUUUUCGAGCGGAGACGCCUUGCGAUACUUUUCAGAGGACCCUUCUGCUUUCAACUUGUACCACGAUGGCUUUCAAAAUCAACUGCGAAAAUGGCCAUACGAUCCUUUAACGUGGGCCGAAACAAUUAUCAGGAAUGAUAUUGGGAACAAACCAGUUGUCGCGGACAUGGGCUGUGGGGACGCUCGGCUUGCAUUACGCCUGGAAAAUGUAGCUACUGUACAUUCUUUUGAUUUGGUAUCUGUGAAUGAAAGGGUUACUGCCUGUGACAUGGCACAUACACCUCUGGCCCACUCUUCGGUGGAUGUUGUUCUCUUUUGUCUCUCACUAAUGGGGACAAACUGCAGGGACUUUUUAUUUGAGGCGAACCGACUGCUAAAAAUGGGUGGAACACUCUUAAUAGUGGAAGUUGCUAGUCGCUUCGACUUACCGUUUAAGAAGUUUCUCAGGCUUCUUAGGCCAUUCGGCUUCGAAAUAAAGCAGUGGGAGAUAACAAAGGAUACCUAUUUUGCAAAUGGCAGACUGGCCAAAGUAAAGAAUAUAUCGAAUCUCCCUGUAUCCAAGAUGGAGGCUAUCAUAGGACAUGUACGAGAGGGAAAUUUGGCAGAGACACGCCUGUGGCUUGACAUGAGCGAGAAUGACGUGAAUCAGGGGGAUGAACACCGCUUCUCUUUGCUCCACUGGGCAGCGCGAGAGGGUCGUCGGGCAAUUGUGGAGCUACUUAUCUCCCGUGGGGCCCGCGUUAAUGCCACGAAUUUGGGAGACGACACAGCCCUCCAUCUGGCAGCUGCGCAUGGUCACUACGACGUCGUAUACUUCCUUCUCAACAAUUUCCGUCUCGCUGUCGACGCAUCAAAUGAACACGGAAACACUCCAUUGCACUAUGCCUGCUUCUGGAAUCAUCAUGAAAUUGCUGAAUUGUUAAUAAAGUUUGGAGCAAGUCUAAUGCAAGAGAACAAGUAUGGAUAUACACCACUUGAGAUUGCGCGUCCGCGUGCAGCAGCGAUGCUAGCGCCUAUGGCACAGAGCUAUGGGGCCGAUCUGACGCGUCGGCGACCCUUCCGAGAUCAGAGCUGGAUCGGAACGAAGACGCGAGCGAGGGAUGCGACUGUCUAUAAGCUGGACGGAGAUGCCUGGGACCCACGGGAUGUUGAACUUUCUGGUGCGCUUGCGGAUGGCCAUGGAGCAGAGGUUCUGCGUGGCUUCUUUCGCAAUAAGGAAGUUGUCGUGAAGAUGCUGAAAUUGAGACACUACACUGAUAGACAAGCGCGUGACUUCAAGGAGGAAUUUCCGCGGCUACGCAUUUUCAACCACCCCAACAUCCUGCCCGUGCUAGCAAUUUUCAACGCCACACCGCGUCUCUGUCUUAUCAGUGAAUUUAUGCCCUUUGGUUCGCUCUACAGCCUUCUACAUCCAUUGCCUCAAUCAAAUCAGCAGCAACAGCACUUAGGUGAGAAUGGUCAUCCACACACACCACCGGCCAUCACUCUGCGCCAGGCUCUUCGUUUCGCCUUGGACAUUGCCAAGGCCAUGGAGUUCCUUCACUCACCUGAACUUAAAGUCCCCAACUUUAGACUCAACUCGCGACACGUUCUUGUGGACGAAGAUGUGGCCAAAAUCGGCAACCCCGUGGACGAGGACAUGCCCGAGGAAGAGAUGUUGACCGCACGUCUUGACAUGGCCGACUACAAAUUCUCAUUUCAUGAGAAGUUUAGAGAGUACAACCCCGCUUGGAUGUCGCCUGAAGGUAUGCAUGUGGAUAAAAAUGGUGCAUGUCAAAUAGUAAAUACUUUUCUCACCCAUGAUGAUAUUGUAGCCCUUCAGAAGAAGCCACAGGACAUUAACCUGCAGGCCUCGGAUAUGUGGAGUUUUGGCGUGAUCUUGUGGGAGCUGAUUACUCGUAUGGAGCCGUUUGAGGGACUCGAUCCCAUGGUCAUCGGGAUGCAGGUGGCAACAGAGAGUCUGCGACUGCCGCGCUUGGCAAGUAUGGAUGUGCGCAUGGUGCGUUUGUUAGACCUCUGCAUGAAUGAAGAUCCAGGAAAGCGACCGCGCUUCGAUAUGCUCCUCCCACUACUUGAUAAGAUGCGUGAAAGAGCUGGACAAUCCGCUCUGACCAAUUAG